GCCAUGUGAGGCCGCUGCGUACGCCGGGAACUGCUGCACAAGGGGCCAGCAGAUGAGAGAGGAGUGCAGCUCUGCUGCUCAGAGGGACGUCCAGCCGGCUCUCCCCCUCACCGGCGGGGUGGAUGGCUGUCACUCGAUGCGCCUGGAGUGCUGGUCCUGCAGCCCGGUGAGGAGGAAGGCCUUCAGAAGCCACCAGGCCAGCCAGGGUCAGCCAGCCCACCGCUGUAGCCCCGCCUGCUGCUCCCUGCUCACUGCAGACGCCGCAGGAUGGGGGGAGAACAGCGACUCGGGUCAGGGCACCUUCAGCCACCCCACGGUGAAAUCCACCAACGACCCGGAGACGCCGCGCGCGUCCCGCAGCCUGGACGGCUGCGAGACGGACCCCGACGACACCUCCGCCUUCGACUACUCCUCCGUCACUUCCUGCAGCCCGGACGGCACCCUGCGCAGGGAGACGCUGGACACCAACAGCGGGGAAGACGAGGACGACGGGGACGACGAGGAAGACAGCCAGGUGCCGGUGCUGCUGAAUCCGUCGUACAGCCGCCAGCAGCAGGAGCAGCAGCCCACGGGGGAGACCAGAGGGAGGACUGUGUGUGUGAGGUGGCAGAUUCCCAGAUUCACCCCUCAUCCUCCUCUUAGGAGCCCUGCGGGGCCGUACGCGGAGGGACCGACGCCGUGUCUCAUCAGCUCCUUUGGAAAGAGGCUGGUGAGCCUGAGGAAAGGGUCGCCUCCUCCACAUCUGAAAAGUGCCUUCAGGCCCAUCUGGGACGACCCAUCGAAGCAGGCCGAUUCGGCUCCAGAAAGGGACAACAGACCUGGAUUCAUCCCAGUUCCAGCUCCAGUGAGGCACAACGUCCACGCCGUCAAUCCCAGCAGGGAAAACCUGAGACCCGUGCUGGCUCAGCAGCGAGGGAACCACGCGCCAGCGGUGGGCGGGGGAGGACUGUGGGACAGCGAGGACAGCGAGGGACCCUGCAGCACAGUUUGACUUUCUGCAGUCCUCCCUGGACGCACGAUGACCGCAGCACAAGUGGGAUGAAUCGCCCCAAAGAGCCACUUUAACUUCUGGACUCAUGUUCAAGCAGAAAAAAGGUCCAAAUGCAACAUUUGGUUCAUUUUUGUUUCUUGUUCUUUAGGGAAGCUAAAGCUAUGAAAAGUGUAGCUGUAGAUCAACGUUUUUCUCUCGAUGGAGGUGUAUAACAUCUCUUAACGUAAGAGAGAAUGCCAACAUAAAAAUAAUAACUUAAAAAAACAACUUUUAUCCACAGAGGGGCAGGACGGGGCUGGAACUAAAGGGAAUACAGGCUCCAGCUUUACUGA